CCCAGUACUUAGAAGUGAAUUGAAAAGAUUAAUACUAACCCGAAAACCUAUUGCUUUUAAACUGAAUAAUGUAUCAGUACUUGAAUUGGACACAUUGAGCAUAUAUUCAUCUUUAUGGACUUUUUUAAAAUUCAUACAAGUUUCUGUUUGUCAUGGUCCCAUGGCGUUUGUACUUCACGUACAUUUCAAUAACUAUAGGCAGCUCUUUCGUUUUCGGCUAUCAUACGGGAGUUAUUAAUGCUCCACUUUCGGUAAGUUUAUUAGAAAGAAUUUUCAUUCAAAAAGCUUAUACAAAACUUUACUCGUAAAGUAAUCGACGACAAAAAUUACGUAUGUGGUUCAUCAUGCGUGAGAACAAUCGUGUCAUUCUGCGUAACCGCUUUUGUCAUUGGUGGAUUAAUCGGUGGUCUUUCGGGUGGAAUUAUUGCGAACAAGCUUGGUCGAAAAAAAACUUUAUUGGUUCUCUCAAUUCCGACAAUUAUAGGAUCCGUACUUAUUAUGAUUUCACUGGCAGUAAAUUCCUUCGAAGUAAUCAUACUUGGCAGAUUCAUAGUUGGUGUUUCCGCAGGGGCUUAUACUGUUGUGGCUCCUAACUACCUGUCAGAAAUCGCCCCACUGUCGUCUCGAGGUGCAGCGGGCACACUGAAUCAAUUCGUUAUCGUGUUUGCCAUUCUGCUAUCUCAGAUCUUAGGUUUAUCUCAAGUCAUGGGAACAGAAACUUUAUGGCCGUAUUUAUUGGGUCUGUGUGCCCCUGUUUGUCUCUUGCAUGUCAUUUGUAUGUUGUUUUGCCCUGAAAGUCCGAGUUACUUAUAUUUGAUCAAAGGUGAUAAGGAAGCUGCAAAAGAUGCCCUCCUGAUUCUCAGAGGUAAAAACUAUGAUGUUCAAAUGGAACUAGACUCAAUUCAGCACGAUAUGGAGUACGCUGGAGACAAUCAAUUGUCAAUGAAAGACUUCUUCCAAAUACCGUAUUUACGAUGGGGAUUGUUUGUCGCACUUAUUCCACACUUCGGACAGCAAUUAUCUGGAAUUAACGGUAUUCUAUAUUAUUCUGUUCCACUGUUUGAAAGUAUUGGUCUUAGCAAUAAAGAUGCUACUUUAGUAAAUCUCGGAGUUGGAGCAACUAUUCUAUUAGGUACUAUUAUAUCAAUAUUUAUUAUUGACCGAGGAGGCAGACGUGUACUUCUGUUGAUUGGUUUUUCAAUAUGUCUGUUCAGUCUGAUUUCAUUUACGACAGUUCUUGCCGUCCAGAAGUUUACAGGAACACUUUGGCUUACAUAUAUCGCUAUUCUUAUAAUAUAUUUAUUCGUUUCGGGAUUCUCUAUUGGACCAGGUUCAAUCCCCUGGUUUAUUGUGGCAGAAUUGUUUACUCAGGAACACAGAGACACUGCAUCAAGUGUAGCUGUUGGCACAAAUUGGCUCUGUAAUAUUGUUGUUGGACUUGUUUUCCCACAAUUACUUGCAAUCAUGGAUAUUUAUGCAUUCAUACCGUUUAUAUGUAUACUGAUCACUGUGAUUGUUCUUAUCGCUUUAUAUCUACCAGAAACGAAAGGUUUUAGUCCAAUUUAUACUGAAUCAGUUUUCAAGGCCCAAUUUAGACAUUCAUCAGUGAUUCCGUACACAUGGGAGAUUGGGAGCCAGUUAAAAUUUGCUUUCAAUGAACAUUAAAGUAAAUUAUUAAAAUAUAGGUUUGUAAGUAUUUUCGUCAGCUAAAAAAAUGUGAUCAUGAUGCGAGAAUCACUAGUUGAAACAACAUUUGUAUAUGUUAUUCUUUCUUAUUUACCAUAUAAAAAAAAUAUCAAUGAUCAAUGACUUUUGGAUUAUAUAUACAUAUAUGCCUAUUUGGAUUUGGAUUUUCAAGCGUUGAACACUCACACAUUCUAAUUCACUACCACCUAUUUACUUCUACUAUUUUGUUAAUUCUUGCAUGUGUCUUGUCUUAUGAGAGAUAUCCUGUGAUUAACAUUUUUAUAUUUAGCCAAUAAUUAAAAGAUUCUUUUUUUUCCUUACUACUAUUAUCAUGUUCAUUCUAUGCACAAGACAAAUUCUACAGUUUUAGUGAUCACUGUUUGAUUUCUUUCUUUUUUUCUUAUUGCACUUUGCCUACCAUUAUUAUUAUCAUCAUUAUUACGCAUGUCAGUGACUUCACAGUUAUCAAUGACGUCAUUAAGAUUAUUAUAUAUGAUGAGUAAACUGAUCUACGAAUUAAUAUUUGAUUGUGUAAUUGAAAUCUCGUUUAUUGUUUUUUACCGCAGACGAAGGCAUAUAAAAAAGCCUUUGUUUUUGGUAAAUUUUCUGAGUUACUCUUUGAUUAAUAAAGAAAAUGAGUCAAAUGAAUUAACGUUUCAUAAAGUGCUUUUUAUAAACAGAAUUUUUUAUAUUAUUAAAUACGUAAGCACCAAACAAGUGUAAGAGACAUUUUAUUGAAAUAUAAACUUCUAAUCAUUG